GGGCCGGGGCCGCCGCCGCCGCCCGAGGUCUCGCCGUCCGGCCGGUGAUGGGGGAGGCCGGGCCGGGGCCGGGGCCGGGGCCGGGGCCCAGGGAGGCGCCGCAGCCCGAGGAGGACGAGGCGGCGGCGGCUCCGGGCGGCGCGCGGGGGGGCCGGGCCGGGCCCCGCGGCGGCAUCCGGGUGCUGAAGAGAAACGUGAAGCGCAAUGGGAGCAGAAGCUGCUUGAACAGGAGUCGGUUUGGUUCCCGUGAGAGGGACUGGCUGAAAGAGGACGUUGGACGAGGCUGCGUAUAUAUUUAUGGAGGAGAUUCUUCAGUUACUGCUUCUUCUGACUUGCACUUGGUCCUUUGUACGGUGGACACCCCGGUAUCUGAGAUAUGUGAUGGAGAAGAGAGGGAAAACCUCUUUCUGCAGCUUCACGGAGACCUGGUCAGGAGACUGGAGCCCACGGAAAAACCCCUUCAGAUUGUGUAUGACUACUUGGCUGGGUUAGGUUUUGAGGAUCCUGCCAGAAUGCAGGAAGAAGCAGCAAACUCUGAUCUCAGCUGUAUGAUUCGCUUUUACAGUGAAAAGCCAUGCCAAGUGGAGCAGUUAGAUCGCAUCUUGCUCUCUGGAGUCUAUAAUGUGCGCAAAGGAAAGACCCAGCUGCACAAAUGGGCAGAACGCUUGGUGAUUCUCUGUGGUACCUGCCUCAUUGUGUCCUCUGUGAAAGACAGCCACACAGGGAAGAUGCACAUCUUGCCUCUCAUUGGAGGAAAGGUGGAAGAGAUGAAACGUCGGCAGUAUACGCUUGCUUUUACAUCUGCUGGAGCCCAAGCACAAACGUACCAUGUUUCCUUUGAAACGCUGGCAGAAUGUCAGCGGUGGCACCGACAGGCAUCCACGGUUGCGUCUCUGCGACUUAGCAUGGUUGAUCUUUCGUGCUACAGCCUCGAGGAAGUACCUGAGCACCUCUUCUACAGUCAGGACAUCACCUACCUCAACCUACGACACAAUUUUAUGAGACCAAGUGGAGCAGGGAGUCUUGACUCUCUUUGCAGGUUUUCUCAGUUGAAGAGCCUGAACCUGUCUCAUAAUAGACUGGGAGAGUUUCCUGUAUCACUGUGUGAGAUCUCUACUCUGACAGAGCUCAAUAUUUCCUGUAAUGGACUUCACCACUUGCCAAGCCAGAUUGGCAAACUGCUGAAUCUCCAGACCUUCUUACUUGAUGGAAAUUUUCUCACAUCCCUACCAGAAGAGCUGGGAAGUCUGCAGCAGCUUAGUUGCCUUGGGCUUUCCUUCAAUAACUUCUGUGAGCUGCCAGCAAUUUGUGAGAAACUGAUUCUCUUGGACAAACUAGCCCUGGCAGGGAACUUGCUGGAGACCCUGGAUCUUGCAGCGCUGAACCGUAUGAGCCACAUCAAAAAUGUAGAUCUGAGGCUGAACAACCUGAAGAGAGCAGCAGUUGACAGCCUGGAGGGGAAUAAAUCUGUGACCUACAUGGAUUUACGAGACAAUCAGUUGACGUGUCUGGAUCUGAGCUCCCUGAGCAGCCUGGAGCAGCUGCACUGUGAACGGAAUAAGCUGAAAGAGUUGACGCUGAGUGGUUUCUCCCUUCGGGCCCUCUAUGCCAACAGCAACUGUCUGACAGCCGUCAGUGUUUAUCCAGUUCCUGGUCAACUGACAAGUCUGGAACUCUCCCACAAUCAACUGCAGUGCGUCCCAGACUGGGCCUGCGAAGCAAAGAAACUGGAGGUUUUGGAUGUGAGCUACAACCUCCUUGUGGAGCUCCCGUCAAGGAUCCUCAGCAGCCUGAGCCUUCGGAAGUUGAUGGUGGGGCACAAUCAUCUGCAGACCCUUCCACCUCUGCUAGAACACAUUCCACUGGAGGUGCUGGACCUUCAGCACAACCUGGUUACGAAACUCCCUGAGACACUCUUUCUCAAGGCUCUGAACCUCAGGUACCUGAAUGCAUCUGCAAACAGCCUGGAGUCCUUGCCCUCUGCAUGUACAGGGGAGGAGAGUCUGAGCACGCUGCAGCUGCUGUACUUGACCAAUAAUAACCUCACAGAUCAAUGCAUCCCUGUCUUGGUGGGACACCUGAACCUACGGAUCCUUCAUCUGGCAAACAACAAUCUACAGACCUUCCCUGCAAGCAAACUGAGUAAGCUGGAGCGCUUGGAAGAGCUGAAUCUCAGCGGCAACAAACUGAAAACAAUUCCCACAACGGUGGCAAGCUGCAAGCUACUUCAUACACUUAUUGCACACUCUAAUGAAAUCAGCAUCUUUCCAGAGAUCCUGCAUUUGCCUCAUAUUCAGUUUGUAGACUUGAGCUGCAACGAAUUAACUGAAAUCCUGAUCCCUGAGGCACUGCCCGGUGCCUUGCAAGAGUUGGACCUGACCGGAAACACAAACCUGGUGCUAGAACACAAGACACUGGACAUCUUCAGUCACAUUACCACACUGAAGAUUGAUGCUAAGCCCUCCCUCACAGCAGACUCAGGACUCACUUCUACCUUCUGGAGUCAUGGGGUAGCUGAGAUGGCAGGCCAAAGAAAUAAGCUGUGUGUGUCAUCCCUGGCCCUGGGGAGCUUUGCAGAGGGGGUGGAGGCUGUGUAUGGCAUGUUUGAUGGUGACAAAAACGAGGAGUUGCCACGCCUGCUGCAGUGUACCAUGGCCGAUGUGCUCCUGGAGGAGGUACAGCAGUCAGACAUGAUGUUCAUGUCCAACACCUUCUUGGUCUCCCACAGGAAGCUGGGCAUGGCUGGGCAGAAGCUGGGCUGCUCUGCUGUCCUUUGCUAUAUUCGUCGUGAUGUGGCUGAUCCAGCCAGCAGCUUUUCUCUGACGGUGGCCAAUGUGGGGACGUGCCAAGCCAUUCUGUGCCGAAAUGGAAAACCACUGCCCCUCUCCAAGGUCUUCAGUCUUGAACAAUGUUUGGAAGAAGCCAAGAGAGUCAAGGAGCAAAAAGCCAUUAUAACAGAGGACAACAAGGUUAAUGGUGUGACUUGCUGUACUCGAAUGCUGGGCUGCACGUACUUGCAUCCCUGGAUCCUGCCCAAGCCACAUAUCAGUUCCAUUCCACUGACUGUACAAGAUGAGCUGCUGCUUCUGGGGAACAAAGCUCUCUGGGAAUACCUUUCUUACACGGAGGCCGUCUCAGCUGUGCGCCAUCUACAUGACCCGCUAGCUGCCGCAAAGAAACUCUGCACUUUAGCCCAAAGCUAUGGUUGCCAAGACAAUGUAGGUGCAAUGGUGGUGUGCCUGAACAUUAGCGAGGACAGCUGCACUUGCGAGAUGCAUGGACUCACCCUGCCAGGCCCUGGGGGGUUUAGUUCAACCACCACCAAACUAGUAACACCUUCCUCUAGCAGUGGAAUUGCUUCAGAGUUCAGCAGUGAACUGUCUGCCUCUGAGGUGAGCAGUGAGGUAGGCUCUACUGCUUCAGAUGAACACAGUGCUGCUGGGCUUGAGGGCAGCUCGCUACCACGACAAGAGCGGCGUUGCAGCCUACAUCCUGUACCCCCCUCCAGCAUCUUUCAGCGCCAACCUUCCUGUGCCACCUUCUCUAGUAACCAGUCUGACAACGGGCUGGAUAGCGACGACGAGCAGCCUGUGGAAGGCGUCAUGACGAAUGGCAGUAAAGUGGAGGUGGAGGUGGACAUCCACUGUUGUAAAGGAAAGGGGCUGGAGUUUGAACCUCCUGCUGCGGAGUACAGCUCCUCUGCUGCAGUGCCAGAGGAUGACUCUGACGGGCUCGUCCUCAUGAUCCAGAGACAGAACAGUGUAAACAGCAACACUGCGCAGGCAGGAGUCAAGGAGAAGUGUGAACUGCAGAAAUCACCUUCCACGUGCUGUCUCUAUGGAAAGAAGCUUUCCAAUGGCUCCAUAGUGCCCUUGGAGGAGAGCCUCGACCUCAUCGAAGUAGCCACAGAGGCACCCAAGAAGAAAACAGGCUAUUUUGCUGCUCCAUCCCAGAUGGAGCCAGAGGAUCAGUUUGUGGUGCCACCUGAUCUGGAGGAGGAGGUGAAGGAACAAAUGAAGCAGCACCAGGAGAAUGGAGCAGAUCAGGAGCAGAAAGAGGAGCCUGCAGUGGCUCUGCCAGAGGAGUUUGAUACGGCUUUGUAACCUUAAAGUACUGCUCCCACAUUGUGUGUCCCAGGAAGCCCUGUCCCAUAAGGGUUGUCUUGCCCUCCAAGGGGAGCUGGGAUCUGUAAGGAGUACAGGCAUGUACUGCUUCCUCAGUGGAGUAGAGGAAGAUGUGGGAAUGCUAAGGUCUGGGCUGUCUGCUUUUCAUUGUAGAGCCUCAGCUGUUCUGUGAGCACUCAGACCAGCAGCUGAGCUCUGUUAGGGGCUGCCUGGGAACUGUGCAAGUGCUAGGAAGAAGGCGGGUGUUCCAACACCCGCCAGCAACUCCUCCCCCCGAGGUUCUGCCAGCUCUGCAGGUGAGGGGCUGGCAUCUGUGGGGGGGCGAGGAGGCUGCUAAGGCACACAUGCAGCAUUCAGUCAUGUGCAUAUUUCUGACCCAGCCCGCUGACAGCACCUGACUUUGUUUUUCCUUGAAAGAAUACAGCCAGUUGCAAUGAAGCUGACCCAAGAAUGGUUUCCUACAUGCAUUGCAAGCACUUUCAUUGAUUGCACUCAGGCUGUUCUCCUCCCCAUCAGCCCAGCACUUUAUUACUUAGGGUCAGGGGAGAGAGCACUCCAGUGCCCCUUUCCGCAGGAGAUGUGGGAGGGGCGUUUCUCAGUGGGUGUUGUUAGGGCCCUGGAGGACUCAGGGUGCAGGUGCCCUCCUGAUAAGCACUGGUGCAGGGAAGAGUAAGGGGUUUGAUGGGGUCAGCCUAGGCAGGAUGAGCAAAUACACAGCGGGGCCACAAGUGGAUGCCUGCUGAUGUUUUACAUGGAGCACAGGAGAGAUCAGCAGUGGGCUUGUUGAUUGAUGUGAUCUGUAGAGGUAGUGCUUAUAGCUGCAGGGCUCAGACCCAUCCCAGCAGCUCGGCCACCUCCAUCAUGGAAGUGUUACUGUAGAGGAUUCCUAUAUCCAGAAGAUAGGAAAUGAAACCAAGAGCUCCUGCUCAUUUUGGUGAGGUACUUAGUCUACAGGAAAUGCAGAUGUGAGCAGUGGUGCGCUGGUCUAAGGCUAGCGAAUAGUUGGGCUGCCCCUCAUGUGCUGGGGAAGCAUACACUGAUCUAUUCCACCAACAUAAACCUCUUCAGCCACAGCAUCUUUGCUUGCCUCUGAAAGCAGGAGUCAUUUUGCAAAUCCACAGCCACCUGCAUUUCAUAGUACAUGCCCAAAUUGGCAGCAAACAAGGUGAAAGCAUACUUGUUUCUGCUUAGUUUUCAAUGCAAAAGGAAAAAUAGAUUUUUUUUUCACCUUCAGAACAUCUUUAUCAGCACUGGGAAGGAGAUGCUUAAAACAGUUCCACUGAUGGUGAACUGGCCAGUGUCCGCUCAGCAGAGGCACUGCGAUUCCUUUAAGGUUUUUGACGCAGGGCAUCAGUCGGCUGCCUCUGUCGUCAUCUUCAGGAAGAGACCGCCGCUGUAGCGUGCAGAUGUCCUCCUCAGCGGGCAGGGCGCCGGGCGGCAGCUGCCCCAGUCUUGUCAAAGGUGGGAUAACCCUGACUGUAACAUGGGCUAGUGCCUUUUCUUCUUUAUUAAUCUUAUUUAUGAAGAAGAACCUGAAAGUUUUUUCUCAAGAGUUCUGAAGGAUUUGAGCUGUGUAUUUUGGAUGAAAUUCAGGCCUUGCUCAAAAGGAAAUAUUGUGUAGACCACUUGUUGGAUUCUGACAACAUAGAUUUCAUGACAAAAUCUAACAGAGUUUUACUCAGAUUUCAGAGCUCCUUGAAUUUCUUUUCACUCGGGAAAAAAAAUCUAUUUUUACCACACAGAAGCAAACAACUUUUUAGGAUAUACCUUGUGCUAGUCACCAUGUAAUCAUAAGACAAAACAACACAACUUUUUCCAAAGUUUAAACCCACUUGAAUUCUGUUUGGUUUUAAACAUCCAUUUCAUUUGGAAAUAGAGAGAAAAACUUAUUCUUAGAAUUACAGGAACAGCAGCAUUUUGAAUCCUUAAGAAUCAACAGCAGAAAAGGAUUUAAAAGCUAAAAAUAAAAAUUCUUUCAGGUUCUCUUCAUGUAAGUAUGCAGAAAAGGCUCAUCCCAGUAUGUUUGACAGUUACCUUUAAUUCUUUCACUGGUGAUAAUUUUAUCAGAAACCUGUGCCCAACCCAUCAGUUUCUGAAACCUGACAACAGGGCUGCAAAACAGCCUCUGUUCAGUGUGAAGCUGAUGCAGAAACGUGCCCCAUUUUCUGCAUAAGACUGUGACAAACUUUGCACUAGGAGAGUGGCACAUGUUAAUGCAAAUCGGGUCUCUGUUUCUUGCACUGAUGUGGAAAAUCCGGUGGGUCCUUGCCAGUCUGAACCAGUAGCACUGCAGGAAGUCUGUCAUGAAUGGCUCUAUUCAGCUCAGUGGGGAAAGGACAGGAUUAAGCAAGACGGAAAGCUCCAUCUUGGAGCAUGCAAGAUGGCUGAGCUGCUCCUCCGCACGGGAGCGGCAACACGGAGCACAAGGAAUUCCCACUUAGCCUUUUCUCCAAUGCUGUGUCUAGCUUUGAAGCAGAAAGGAAGUUUAUUACAACCGGCUGCUAUUUUCUGUGGGUGUGAACUGGCAGAACAUGACUUGUUCUCUCAAACACUAGGCAGAAUCCACAGCUUCCUCUGGUCUCUCUGCACUGAUGUUAUGAACUGCGUGUCUGGUUCUGCGCAGCACAGCCUGAGCGCUCCCCUCCACCGCCUGUUUUCCUGCCUCCCUGGAGGCAGGAAACCUCUACCUUGUCUUCCUCACCCCCCCUUUGAACACCACCAUAUAUUUCAAGCUCCUUAGGAGCACUGCUGUGUGUGGAACAGGUACGAAUGGACAAGCCUAGUAAUGGACUCACAGCAGGGGAUAGAAAGUGUUAACCCACGCCCCUUAGUGUUAUUUUCUAGUCUCUUCUCUGAAUUUUGUAUGUGGUUGUUGCACAGAUGCACAGCACUGAGAACGUCCCAUUCAUCAAUUAUCAGGAUAAAUGAACUUACUGUUGGAGAGCGGUUCUUAGCUUGGGGUCAUCGGGCACGCUCUUGCCCCUGCUGAGAGCAAUGCCAGGCCUGCCACGUUCCAGGGGCCGCAGUCAGGUUUGGCCGGUGGGUUAGAGUUUAUCCGUCUCUUCAGUAAUUCUGGCCCUGCUGAUGAGCAUGCUCACCAAAAACAGGUACUUUGAAGGCACUGACCUGUCUGCUCUGUCCUUUCCGGUAAGGCUUCAGCAAAAGGAAUCAAUACGGGAUAUAUUUAGUGGGGAGUGGUUGAUGCCAGAGUAUUAAGGAUAAGGGAUAGCUUCCACAUUGCUGCCAGCACGUGGAACAAGCCAGGCAGAGGCAGCACUACAGAUUCCUGGAAUUUGAUCGGACUCCUCAACUAGAGGAGAGGGUAAAAUUUUCAAAGCAGCAGCAAGUAUUUCCCUUUCUAGGGGAAAGGCGCUUUGCGACCUGCAGUUCUGCUAGUACACAGGACAUGCAGCCACACCUACGGCCCUUGGACUUCAGGAGUUUUUGCACUCUGCCUGGCUGCUGAUGGCUUUCGCGUCACUUGCCGAAGGGCCUUCUUCAGGCAGUAGGUUCACCUCCCUGGUUUUGUGCGAUCAUUGUCUGCUGUUCUCUUGCCGUCUGAAGACUCAUAGUGUGGUUGGUUUUUUGUUUGGUUGGUUUUUUUAAUUUUUAAAUAUUACCUUUUUUAACUUGACUCACAUGAGCCAGAGCAUGUUAAAGAAAAAUUGCAGCACAUCUAUUGUUUAUAAAAUAAUCUUUUUUCAUGCUUUUUGUUUUAAAAUGGAGACAAUUUUAUGUAUUCCACUCUAGCAUGAAGCUAUAAUAAUCCCCUUUUUCAUUGUAUAUGGGAGUAGGUCAUUUAAUGAAUGCACCUUCAGCACUGUAGCCUGUGUGUGUCGCUUUGGAGAGGCAAAUGUGUAAGAUUGCUGGAAAACACUAUUCCAUUGAUUCUUUAUUCAGAUGUACAGAACAGUUCAGGAAGGAAGAAUAUUUUUGCAUCAACUUUUCAGCUGACUUAGCAAUAAAGAUUUUUACUUUCAUCUAA